CGUCAUCGUCAUGUGGGCUCGUGAUGCUCAAGCUUGUGAUGCUUCAUUUCUCCAACGGCGUCAAAAGCCCCCUUGUAUUCUGUUGGAUCCUUCUCAUGCUCCAUUCGAACUCUCAAUCCUCCAGGUCGAUGAGGAGCAUUUCUUUACUGUUUUAGUACUUAGUAUAUGCAUUAUACCAUCUGGCUCGGGAGUCUUCUCCUAUCUCUUCAAAUGCACCUUUUACUCAACGGGAUGAAAUGCCUAUCAUUAGUACUCGCUGCCUUGCCUUGCGAGCGAAGGAAUCUCCCAUUCCGUCUCGUUCGGUCACCGAAUCCUGUCUUCUCAGAUUUGGGAUUCCCCAAACCAUUCGAGUUGCGCGUGACGCACCGCACCACCAACCUUGAUACGGUCGUACCUCAUUCCUGCAGGAGCAUUGUUCCCCACAUACAUCCUCGCGCUGUCCCGAUACAGACUAUCUACAGGAAUCCGAUCUCCACUCAAAUCCUACGUACUCCCAUUACGUCCAUCUACAGACGCUAACAUCGUAUUGCGUACAUGCCGAAUGUAUACAAAGACGACACUACAUGGUUCCUAAAGCCCAGCCAGCUCGUUCCCAGAACAGAUCUCCCGUCCAAGUACG